AUGUAUGACCCACUGUCCCAGCGUGAAGGUCAACCAAGCCUGGCUUGCCCUGGCGACCAGCUGAAAUUCCUGAUCGCCUUCGCCUUGGUGGCAGCCGUCAGCGCUGACGUCUCCCAUCUGUUCUCAAACAGCGAUAACCUGCAAGCAGAUGGAUACCACUACCAGGAGCCAGCUACGAAGUUCGUUAUCGAUGUGCCCCAAGUCAUCCAGAAGCCCGCUGUUGUCUACGAGAGACCAGCUCCAGUGGUCGUCCAGAAGCCCGCUGUUGUCUACGAAAAACCAGCUCCAGUGGUCGUCCAGAAGCCCGCUGUUGUCUACGAAAGACCAGCUCCAGUGGUCGUCCAGAAGCCCGCUGUUGUCUACGAAAGACCAGCUCCAGUGGUCGUCCAGAAGCCCGCUGUUGUCUACGAAAGACCAGCUCCAGUAGUCGCCCAGAAGAUCGUUGAAUCCGGCAUCCUGAAGGAAGAUGGAUACCAUUACAACCAGCCAUCCAUACCUUUCACAGUCUCUCAGAACUACUUGCCCCCCGUUGUCAAGCAGGUGGUCGAACCCGUUCGCAAGGUUGUGAUCCCAGCUAAGCCCCAGAUCGUGGUUAAGCCCGCUGCCCCAGUUGUGAUCCCACAAAAGAUCGUCAACGAGUAUCUGCCUCCUGUUGUGAAGCCUGUUGUGGUCCCAGCUAAGCCCCAGAUCGUGGUUAAGCCCGCUGCCCCAGUUGUGAUCCCACAAAAGAUCGUCAACGAGUAUCUGCCUCCUGUUGUGAAGCCUGUUGUGGUCCCAGCUAAGCCCCAGAUCGUGGUUAAGCCCGCUGCCCCAGUUGUGAUCCCAAAAAAGAUCGUCAACGAGUAUCUGCCUCCUGUUGUGAAGCCUGUUGUGGUCCCAGCUAAGCCCCAGAUCGUGGUUAAGCCCGCUGCCCCAGUUGUGAUCCAAAAAAAGAUCGUCGAUGAGUAUCUGCCCCCAGUCUACAAGCCACAACCAAUUAUCGAGCCCAUCUAUCGCAAGCCAGAACCUGUGGUCAUCCAGGGUCCAAAGGGUUAUAGCUACCCCAACGACCCCCAGCCAUCUUUCGAAUAUUAA